AUGGCCAAACCUAGAGGAAGAAGAGCCCAAAAAGUUGAAGGAGUUGAGUUCUCUAUCGACAAUGCACCUGAGGUUCAACAAGGACUUGUUGAGGAUACAUCAAGUUCUUCCAACCAAGGUAAAAGUGAGUUAAAAUCUACAUUUUUCGGGUUAGUCGAUAGCAACGAAAUCGAUUAUUUCAAACAAGCAGAAUCUACUUUAAAUGUGAAUUCUUUUGAAACAGACGAAGAAAGAGAAGGCUUUGUAAGCUCAGUUUUGGAGGAGGCAAGAGGUAAAGAAUUGAAAUUAGUGACUAACCAAAUCUGUUCGAAAUUGAUGGAAAGAUUAAUUUUAAUAGGAAAAGAUCAUCAGAUCAAAUUAAUUUUCAAGCAAUUACAAGGUCAUUUCUUUGCUUUGUCCAUUCAUAAAUACUCUUCCCACGUAUUGGAAACUUUGCUUGUAAGAAUUGUAUCAAUGGUUGAAAAAGAGCUUAUUGGUGAAGAGGAAGAAGCCGAAGAUGAAAUUGAUGAAAACCCAUCAGCAGGUGUAACUAUUGAACAUAUGUUCUUGUCAAUGUUGAAUGAAUUAAAACCGGAAUUGAAUUCAUUAAUAACAAACCAAUAUGGUUCACAUGUGGUGAGAUUAGUCAUUUUAAUUAUCUCAGGUAAAGAAUUACCCUCAUCUACUUUAUCAAAUUCCACAUUGAGAUCCAAGAAGUCUAAAAUUGCCAGAAAGAUGAUUGAAAUCAAAGACAAUGAAAUUUUCAACAGAUCACUCCAAAUUCCAUCAAGUUUCAAAUCCCAAAUUGGAGAGAUUGUUAAAGCCAUCUUGAUUAAUAAAGAUACCAAAGCAAUGAGAUCAUUGGCUAUUGAUAAAAUUGCUUCCCCUGUUUUACAGCUUUUAUUGCAGGUUGAAGGUAUUGUUGAUAGAGAAAGAUCCAUGUGGCACUUAAUCUUCUUGAGUGAUAAGCUGCCCAAAGAUUCUCAAGAAGAAGCCUUUGUUGAAUAUUUGUUGAGUGAUUCAGUAGGUUCUCAUUUCUUAGAGUCACUCAUUAAAGGAACUGGUGUCAGAUUAAACUAUAUUGAAAGAUUGUAUCAAUUAUAUAUGAAGGAUAGAAUUAUCAAAUUAUGUAACAGAUCAACCACCGGUGUUUUCAUUGUUCAAUCCUUAUUACACAAAUUAAAAUCUGUUGAAGUUAAAUUCAUUCUUGACCAAAUCAUUCCUGAAUUGUCGAAAUUAUUGUCCAUCAACGACAAUCAGAAUUUGGAAUUAAGCACCAAUGUUAUAGAUGCUUCCAUCGAACAAAAGAAUUAUCAAAGAGAAGAAAUCAUCCAACAAUUGUUCUUGAAAUUCACUCCCAAUUUCGAUUACAAUACCAUUGAGAAUAAUGACAAUAACUUGCAAGAGAAUCCAAAUCCUGAAUUAUUCGAGAAGAUAUUAGGAUUAUCAAAAUCCACUUUAGGUAACACAAGGGAUGAUUGGCCAACAGCCGAAGAAAGAAGAAGAUCCCUCUUACUUGAAAAAUUGAUGCAGUACGACUUUGGGUUCGUUAUUUGCGUGUGGUACAACUUAUUGCAAAUGCCUUCAACAAGAUUCACCCAAAUGUGUUUACAUGGUGUCUUCAGUCAUGUUAUUGAAAAUUCCUUAGUAAUUCAACCGAACGAACAGAAGCCAUUAUCUAUAUUGAGAAAGAGAGUCUUGAAUUUAUUCACAAGUAAGAUCUCAACUCUUGCAGUUAAUUCAUAUGGUUCCCAUAUCGUUGAUAAGUUAUGGGAUUUCACGAUUGGACAUAAUAUGUACAAGGACAGAAUUGCUACCGAAUUAUCAUCAAAUUCAAAAGUCAUCAAGGACAGUAUCUACGGGAAGUUGGUUUGGAAAAAUUGGUCUAUGGAGUUAUUCCUCAGAAAAAAAUACGAUUGGAAACAAUUAGUCAAACAACAAGAAAUUGAAUUUGGUAACAUCCAAGUCAAACCAAUCCAUUUGAAGAUGCAGCAAUUGAAUGAAAAAUCUAACGCGAACAACACUCCUCUUCCUAGAGAUGGAAACAGAUUCAGAGCCAACAACCAUGAUGGUGAAGAAAGUGGUAGACCAUUCAAAAAGCAAAAUAGAGGUCGUAACAGAAAUUAG